GGUGAAACCCAAGGAGACCCGGCGAGAGGCCACCCGCGCCGGCCCGGGGGGGGGAAACGCGCCCUGUCACACGCGACAAAACACGGCGAGCGGUCGUGGGCUCGAGGGACUCGCGACGACCUGCCACGACCCGGAGCUGCUGUCGGAGCUGCCCUGAUCCGCUAGCCGCCGCCUCCAGCUAGCUCCCCCGCCAGGAAGAGAUCUCUGAGAGGCAGGAAUCCACUCUGCCCCGGCAUCCUCUCGUUGCUCUCCUUUCUCUCCAUCCUGUAGUGUGGGGUUAUUUUUCCCGUUAUGCAUGUGCACCUCUCCCACCAGACCCAAGUGGAUUGUGGACCUCAAAAACAUCGGGUGGCUCAGCACACACCUCCUCCCAGCCAGACCUGUGGGGUAUUCACCUGAUACACAACAGGUGGUCGGUGCACACCUUUUCGCAAUCUGAUCCACGCUAUAGUCGUCUGAUAAGGGUGGGCCUGCAUGCUCUUUCCUCAGCUAGAAGUGUGGGACACUCGGCAGAUAAAGGACUAACUACCUCAUCAGGACCUGGGGGUUGAGCAGAGAGAGGCGUCAUCAGCUGCUGGGAGAUCAUGGCAUGGAGCCCUCAGCCCUGGACCAGGGGAGAUAGCUAGGAUUCUGAAGGAGCCAAGUUACACAAGAUUAGUGUCGUUUUGUUCUCAUUUUGUUUUUCAAAAAUUAUUUUUCAGUUACUGGUGGUGCACUUUAUAAAAACAGUUGGCUCGAAUUCUAAGUAAAAGGAUUCUUAAUUUGGGCCUUUGUGGGAUGUAAAUCAAGGUAAUUGAGGUUUUUCUUUUUUUUAAGUUUUCUAUUUUUGCAAUCAAAAGUAGCUAGCGUAGGAGGCAGAGUUUUUGUGAGCUUUUCCUUUUCUCUUUGUUGGAAAGGGGGGAAAAAUGCAUCCUCCAGAACCCACCACCAAGAUUUCUUCAGUUCGGUUCAUGGUGACACCAACCAAGAUUGAUGACAUUCCAGGUUUGUCAGACACCAGCCCGGACCUCAGCUCUCGAUCUAGUUCCAGAGUAAGAUUUAGCUCUCGAGAAAGUGUGCCAGAAACAAGCCGUAGUGAGCCUAUGAGUGAACUGUCUGGGGCCACUACUUCUCUGGCAACUGUUGCCCUAGAUCCUUCCAGUGACCGGACUUCUAACCCCCAGGAUAUUACCGAGGACCCGAAUCAGAACUCCAUCACAGGGGAGCACAGCCAGCUGUUAGAUGACGGACGUAAGAAAGCUCGAAAUGCUUAUCUCAACAAUUCCAACUAUGAAGAAGGAGAUGAGUAUUUUGAUAAAAAUCUGGCACUCUUUGAGGAAGAAAUGGACACCAGACCAAAGGUGUCGUCUCUCCUCAACCGCAUGGCCAACUAUACUAACCUGACACAGGGAGCAAAGGAACAUGAAGAGGCAGAGAACAUCACUGAGGGAAAAAAGAAACCUACCAAGAGCCCUCAAAUGGGUACUUUCAUGGGUGUCUACCUCCCAUGUCUACAAAAUAUUUUUGGAGUGAUCCUCUUUCUGCGUCUUACCUGGGUGGUGGGUACCGCUGGAGUUCUCCAGGCCUUUGCGAUUGUGCUUAUCUGCUGCUGCUGUACAAUGUUGACUGCCAUCUCCAUGAGUGCCAUUGCCACUAACGGAGUGGUGCCAGCUGGGGGCUCAUACUUCAUGAUUUCCCGGGCCCUGGGCCCAGAGUUUGGUGGGGCUGUUGGCCUCUGCUUUUAUCUUGGCACCACAUUUGCAGCAGCCAUGUAUAUCCUUGGUGCCAUUGAAAUUUUUCUGGUGUAUAUUGUCCCUCGAGCUGCCAUCUUUCGCAGUGACGAUGCACUCAAGGAAUCAGCAGCCAUGCUAAAUAACAUGCGUGUCUAUGGCACAGCCUUCUUGGUCCUCAUGGUCUUAGUGGUAUUCAUCGGCGUACGCUAUGUGAACAAGUUUGCCUCACUUUUCCUGGCCUGUGUAAUUGUGUCUAUUUUGGCUAUCUACGCUGGUGCCAUCAAGUCUUCCUUUGCUCCACCACAUUUCCCGGUCUGCAUGCUGGGCAACCGCACCCUUUCAUCAAGACACCUUGAUGUUUGCUCUAAGACUAAGGACAUUAACAACAUGACAAUGCCAUCAAAGUUAUGGGGAUUCUUCUGUAACUCAAGUCAGUUUUUUAAUGCCACCUGUGAUGAGUACUUUGUUCACAAUAAUGUCACCUCAAUCCAAGGCAUUCCUGGGCUGGCUAGUGGUAUCAUUACUGAAAACCUUUGGAGUAAUUAUUUACCAAAGGGUGAGAUCAUUGAAAAGCCAUCAGCCAGGUCAUCCGAUGUCUUGGGCAGCUUAAACCAUGAAUAUGUCCUUGCUGACAUCACCACCUCCUUCACUCUUCUGGUGGGGAUCUUCUUUCCUUCUGUCACAGGUAUCAUGGCUGGGUCAAACAGAUCUGGAGAUCUGAAAGAUGCUCAGAAGUCCAUUCCCAUUGGAACUGUCCUUGCCAUCCUGACCACAUCCUUCGUGUAUUUAAGCAAUGUUGUCCUUUUUGGUGCAUGUAUUGAAGGAGUUGUUCUCAGAGACAAAUUUGGGGAUGCUGUGAAAGGUAAUUUGGUUGUAGGCACCUUAUCUUGGCCAUCCCCUUGGGUGAUUGUUAUUGGCUCCUUCUUUUCAACAUGUGGAGCUGGACUUCAGAGCCUCACAGGUGCACCUAGGCUGCUACAGGCUAUUGCUAAGGAUAACAUCAUACCAUUCCUUAGGGUUUUUGGUCACAGCAAAGCCAAUGGGGAACCUACCUGGGCCUUACUUCUAACUGCUGCCAUAGCGGAGCUGGGAAUUCUCAUCGCCUCCUUGGAUCUCGUGGCCCCAAUUCUUUCCAUGUUUUUUCUCAUGUGUUACCUCUUUGUGAACUUGGCAUGUGCCUUGCAAACAUUACUCCGAACCCCCAACUGGAGGCCCCGAUUCCGCUACUAUCACUGGGCCCUCUCUUUCAUGGGAAUGAGUAUCUGUCUAGCUCUGAUGUUCAUUUCUUCCUGGUAUUAUGCCAUUGUAGCUAUGGUAAUAGCUGGCAUGAUCUACAAGUACAUUGAGUACCAAGGGGCUGAGAAAGAAUGGGGCGAUGGUAUCCGUGGGCUGUCCCUCAGUGCGGCUCGCUUCGCUUUGCUCCGCCUAGAGGAAGGGCCUCCUCACACUAAAAACUGGAGGCCGCAGUUGCUUGUACUGCUGAAGCUGGAUGAAGACUUACACGUCAAGCACCCUCGCCUCCUCACCUUUGCCUCCCAGCUCAAGGCAGGAAAAGGACUCACUAUUGUGGGCUCUGUCAUUGUGGGGAACUUCCUAGAGAACUAUGGAGAAGCUCUGGCUGCAGAGCAGACCAUUAAGCACCUAAUGGAGGCAGAAAAGGUAAAGGGAUUCUGCCAGCUGGUGGUGGCUGCCAAGCUGAAAGAGGGCAUUUCACACCUCAUCCAGUCCUGUGGCCUUGGGGGCAUGAAGCACAACACAGUGGUGAUGGGCUGGCCCAACGGCUGGCGUCAGAGUGAAGAUGCUCGCGCUUGGAAGACUUUCAUUGGCACAGUUCGAGUGACAACUGCUGCCCAUCUAGCCCUGCUGGUGGCUAAAAAUGUCUCCUUCUUUCCCAGCAAUGUGGAGCAAUUUUCUGAGGGCAACAUUGAUGUGUGGUGGAUUGUGCAUGAUGGGGGCAUGCUCAUGCUAUUACCAUUCCUACUGAAACAGCACAAGGUAUGGCGAAAAUGCAGCAUAAGGAUCUUCACAGUGGCCCAACUCGAAGACAACAGCAUCCAGAUGAAGAAGGACCUGGCCACCUUCCUGUACCAUCUGCGCAUUGAGGCAGAAGUGGAAGUGGUGGAGAUGCAUGACAGUGACAUAUCUGCCUAUACAUAUGAGCGCACCCUGAUGAUGGAGCAGAGGUCCCAGAUGCUCAGACACAUGCGUCUAUCCAAAACAGAACGCGACAGAGAGGCACAGCUGGUGAAAGAUCGAAACUCAAUGCUGCGCUUAACUAGCAUUGGUUCUGAUGAGGAUGAAGAGACAGAAACUUACCAGGAGAAGGUGCAUAUGACUUGGACCAAGGAUAAAUACAUGGCAUCCCGGGGGCAAAAGGUCAAGUCAAUGGAAGGAUUCCAGGACUUACUUAAUAUGCGUCCGGACCACUCCAAUGUGAGACGGAUGCAUACAGCAGUGAAACUCAAUGAAGUCAUAGUUAACAAGUCCCAUGAAGCAAAACUGGUUUUGCUGAAUAUGCCAGGGCCACCCCGAAACCCUGAAGGUGAUGAAAACUACAUGGAAUUUCUAGAAGUACUCACCGAGGGAUUAGAGCGAGUCCUCCUUGUCCGGGGUGGUGGCAGUGAAGUGAUCACCAUUUACUCAUAGUCAGCUUGUGGAAGAUUCUGCUUGGUCUUACUUUCCCUAAAAGACUCAUCGUCCAUGGAGAUGACAGUUCUUUCCUACCACUCUAUUCUUGUGGAGCUGAGCCCCAACUACGCUCUUGACUGCAACAUGAUCUGCCAUUCCAGCAGAAGCAAAUACUCUCAACAUUAGAAUGGUCAAGUCCUAAAAGCUAUUUCUAUGGCAGGGGAUGGCAGGUGAAAAUUAACAAGCUAAGUCAAAGGGAAUCUUUUGGCACUGCUGAAGGUAGUGAGUUAGUAACAUAUGCUAGAAAUUUAACUAAACACAACAACAAAAAAGUUAAUAUUCAACAUUUAGAAUGAGUCUCAGAAGACACAGUUCUAUGAUGGCACCAGAGAGGUAAUAGUCAGCCUCACCUCACCUAAGUAAAUGUUACCAUUGUGGAGCUAGCCCAUGGCAAGCCAAGUGAAACUUAGGAUACUGAUAUACAAAACCUGAAACAUAGCCACAGCCUUCUUACUCAAAAAUCAGAUUCCCUCCCCCCCCUCCCGAUACUGUUUUAUUGUCCAUACUCUUCCACUGUAUAUCUCAACCAUCUUUCUUUUUAAAAAACCAUUCUGUGGUUGUAAUGCAGACAGUGUUACUAUAGAAAAUGUUUUUCAGGUUUUCGAAUGGCUGGACUAAGGAGAUUCCAGAGAAUACCAAUUAAGAUGUACAGGAACAGAGCUUGUAGUUAGCUAUGCAACACAAAGCACACAAUGAUCAUCCAAGAAAUGUAGUUUGUUAUGCAGCUUAACCAGGAGGGUCUCUUCUAUCCUUAGUAGGCACUGAUUUAAAAAAAAAAAAAAAAAAAGGUAAGGAAGAGACACUAGGACUGUGCACUGCCACCUCCGAGGGUUCCCGGCCUUAGAGGGGUUCAGCAGUGGACCUGGGCAUGUGAGAGCCAUACCCUUUUCAUGGUGCCAAAGUCAUCUGUCUAAAGUGGCAGACAGGUUUGCACUGGCCUGAAGUAAGCAGCUCUUCUUUCACAAGAAAUCAACAUGUGGCCUCUUCACCAAAGCCAUAGUGAAGACUUGAGGCACUCACCUCCAUGCCCAGAGCUGAGCUUUACUCUCUCAAUAUUAUUCUUCAUUCUGACUCCAGAAACUUGGUUCAAAACCAAGUGGUUCCCUGAACCAAUGAUCUGCUCUUGUCAGUUUUGUUUUCAAAAAGCUCUAAAUGUGCCAAGAAAAUAACUUGUGUAAGCUCGGCUUAUUUUUCUAAUUUAUUGAUCUUAUUGAUCAUGAACACCUGGCUUACCAGUGUAGGACAUCUGUGACUGAGCAGUAAUUUCAAGCAUGUGAAACCUUCAUGUUCUUUACAAGAUAAGAAACUUCUUGCUUACAUACAUGGCUGCUUUUAAAUUCCCCUCUAUUUAUGGUAAAUUGUGCUACGCUCCAUACCCUGUAAGACAUGGAACAUCCAGAAUUCAACCCCAGAGACAGAAGAAAACCCUCAAAAUGGCUUAAGAAGCUGAGUCAUAUGAUCAGUUCUUCAUCCCCACCCCCACCCCAGGCCUACUCAAGGUAGCAGUGAGGAUACAGAAUCUUUUCCUGUAUCUCCCUGCAGAGGGUAAAAACUACAAUUCCCUUUCCAACACUCCAUUGCAUAGUUGAGUAUAGUUCUUUAGGCUGCAAGGUGUUAAACACCAAUUCUAUAAAAGCCAGCUUGCCCAGGAAUGCCUAACACAUCUACCCCUGACCAAAAUGAUUAACACCUCUUUCCCUUACCAAACAAAUAUGGGCAGAGAAUAAAGUUAACUUUUACAAAGGCUGUUUGUGGUUAGAGCUAUGUAAGAAUCUUCAAAAGAGUAAGAAAACCAAUAGCUACUAAUAUAGCUAUUAUUUCAGUUCCUAGAACAUAAAAUCACUGUUACAUGGAAAAAUGGUUAUUAAGCCAGAUUUUACUCAUCCCUGUCUAGAGCAUUUCAUGUCUAUGUGUUGCUUAUGUUGUCUGUCUGCAAAGUGUCUUUAUCUUUUAAUCACUGCAAAUAAAGCAAUACUGAAAACUUGAGAGAAAAUGCACCUUAGGGGAAGGGGCCAAUGCUUCUAGAGGGAAGAGAAAGACCUUCUCCUGCCUUCUUACAAGACCCAGCUUUUGUCUUACCCUUAAGUUUAGCAGGGCAGGCUGCAACAUUCAUUCUCCCCAAACUGGUCUUCCUCAACCUUUCUUAGUUAUCUUAAAAGCUGGAGUUUGAACUGCAGGGCCUGCUUGACAGGUGCCAGCUUCCUCAUGGCAAAGGAAAAGUCACUGCUCUUCAUCUUCCGUUGUCUCCUAUUCUUGUGGCCCCAAGGAUCCCACCAACCCUCAUUCCCCCUAAAUGUUAAAAAACUUCUUAUUGUGGGUAUUAAAAUAAGUUACACUGUAAGCAUAUUUACAUGCUCUUUUCUGGUUUAUUUUUCUUUUUAUCAUGUGUAAUUUGAAUCCUGCAUUAUUAGUUUCUCAACAUCUUCCAAAAAAAAAUGUCUGAUACAGAAUUUUUGUCUCUGCUUAUGCAAUAUAGAUUGAAGUGAAAUAUUAACAUAGAUUUAAGGGGAAGUUGAGAAACUUUUCAAGCAUUGUUCUUGACCAUUUAAUUUAUUGGAAGGAGAUGCUGCUACUCAGCGGCUGCUAUUCUUUUGUUUACAUAGAGUCUUGUUUUGUUUGUUUUGCUCUGUGCUGGGAACAUAAAUAAAGUUUUCUACAUUAUUUUCAGUCAGAA